GGCUUGAGUUUGACAGUAGAUUACAUUUUUUUAUUGUAUAUACCUGUCAAUUUAGGCAAAUGUGUAAAUCCUUAUUAGCUGGUUGUUUACGUAUACAAAACAUAUUUGGCUCGAUAGUACUUUUGUGAAUAGUCCCAGUCAUUCUGUUGGUCAGUCAUUCAACGAUCGACACAGUGAACGAAUCAAAUGAAAAUGGCAUCAUAUUGGCAAAGUUUGAGAAAACCUCUCACCUCCAAUGGCUUGAUCAAUUCGAAAUUGUACUCAAGUUCAAUAGUGAACAAAACGAUAAAGCCAUCUUCAUCAAAUUCGCAAGGAAUUCAUUUGUCGGUGAAACAAAAUUAUCCGAUGGCCGAACCACUACCGUUGCCACUUAAUAUCGAUCCAUCGGAGUCGAUGAAAUUUUCACCGCAACGUGCCCGCGAUAUAACAUCGAAUGCGAUUGCCACAAAUAUAUGGAAUGCACGUUCCAUUGAUAUAACCAUUGAUUCAUCGAAUUAUGCCAAAUCGAACGACGAUCCACACGUUAAUUCGUACGAUUGUACUGGUGCCGUAAGUUUGAAUUCAUCAAUGCAGUCGAAUGUGCCCAGUCCAUUUGGUGGUAUGCACAAUUAUACGCAUCUAAAUAUGCCAGGCGGACAAUGGUCACAAAGCAGCAAAUGGAUGUCGCAUGAUUUUCAUUCAUCGCAUUAUACCACUUUGCGUCGUGAGGUUCGUAAGAAUAUGUCACAUGACGAAAAAGAGGCCAACACAAUCAACGAAAAAGGUAUGAAUGUACUUAAAAAUAAUGCUUGCAUGCAUGGAAAUUCAUCAAUGUGGAUGGAAUUGAUGAGAUCGAAUGCUAUGAAAUCGUCGUUUGCCUGUCUUACCUCUGUCAAUCAAUCACCAAUGUUUUACCAUUUGAAUGCAUCAUCACAUAAUGUCAGCUGUCGAAUGUUCUCUGAUAAAAAAGAUGUAGCCAAAUCAAAUGCGAACGAUGAGUCCAAACCAAAGGAUGAAAGUGAACAAACUGAAGUGGUUGCACUAACACCUAGAGCCAAAUUGAAAAAUGCCAUCAGAGAUUAUGGUUCGACUGUAUUUGUAUUUCAUGUUGCAAUCUCGCUCGUUUCACUCGGAAUAUUUUAUCAACUUGUUAACAGUGGAUUAGAUAUGGUGGCAAUUAUGGAUUAUUUGGGAUUGAGUUCAACGAGUUCGACAAUAUCAAACAAUCUAACAUCCGGUGCCAGUACAUUUGUGGUGGCCUAUGCAAUUCAUAAGGUGUUUGCUCCGUUUCGCAUCAGCAUAACAUUAGUUUCGGCUCCAUUUAUCGUUCGAUAUUUGAGAAAUAAAGGAAUUCUAUCCGUUAAACCGCCUAAAAAACCAUAAGAAUACUAAAUCGUUUAACCAACAGAAAAAGACAUUAAAUUUUACUUCAAAGGUGUUUAUGUUGUUUGCUUUUUUUUACAAAUUAAGAGGAAAAAUAAAAUUAUUGUUGAACUGAACAUUUC